GCGAAGAGAAGGUGCUUGAACUAUCGCUACUAAGAAGAAAGCCUACAGAGAUCUGAACUCAGAUUCCACUCGUAAAAACCUCUCCGUCACCAUCUCGCCACACUCCGGUGUACCGGAAUCUGAUUCCGGAACCGACAUUGCUUCCUUCAACGCCUCCAAACAGACUUCGUUUCUCCUUCGAGUAGAUUUCGCGGCUGCUGGAUUCGAUUCAGUAUAAACAGUAGCAACACUCUAUAUACACUGGCCUGAGUCUUUGUUUUUUGUUUUUCUCUCAAAUGAAGAGAUUUUAUGGAGGGCUUCUCGUUGCAUCAAUGUGUAUGUUCUUCACGGUGUACAGAUACAUCGACUUGAAACCUCCUGUCGAGAAGCCUUACAUCACUGCCUCUGUUCUAACUACCAACACCACUCUCCCUCUCGAAUGGCUUCGAAUCACCCUCCCUGACUUCAUGAACGAAGCAAGAAACACUCAAGAAGCGCUCUCCGGCGACGAGAUUGUCACUGUCUCCAGUCUAUUCCUUGAGCAGAACUUCUCCAGAGAAGAGAGAGAGUCUCUGCUUACAUGGAACCGUCUCCAAAGCUUGGUUGAUAACGCACAGAGCUUAGCGAAUGGAGUUGACGCUAUCAAGGAAGCUGGCAUUGUUUGGGAGAGUCUUGUCUCAGCUGUUGUUGAAGCCGACAAGGUAGCUGAUGGUAACGUAAACCAAACGAGGAGAGGCAAAGAGGAGGAGCUUUGUCCUCAGUUUCUUAGUAAAAUGAAUGCUACUGAAGAUGAUGGAAGCAGUCUCAAGUUGAAAAUACCUUGCGGUUUGACUCAGGGCUCAUCUAUUACUGUCAUUGGCAUCCCUGAUGGUCUUGUUGGUAGCUUCAGGAUUGAUCUAACGGGACAACCGCUUCCCGGGGAGCCUGAUCCGCCCAUUAUUGUGCAUUACAAUGUCAGGCUCCUUGGAGACAAGUCGACUGAGGAUCCUGUGAUUGUCCAAAACAGCUGGACGGUGGCUCGUGAUUGGGGCGUUGAGGAGCGUUGUCCAAAUUAUGAUCCUGAUUUGAAUAAGAAAGUUGAUGACUUGGAUCAAUGUGACAAGGUGGUGGGUAGAGAAGUCAACCGAACUUCUUCCGCUAGCUUGCAGUCUAAUACUUCAAAGGGGAUUCCAGUAGCUAAGGAAGCAUCUAAACAUGAAAAGUACUUUCCUUUUAAACAAGGUUUCUUAUCGGUUGCUACGCUUAGGGUGGGAACUGAUGGAAUGCAGAUGACGGUUGAUGGGAAACAUAUAACCUCAUUCGCUUUCCGCGAUACACUGGAGCCAUGGCUUGUUAGUGAAGUGAGGAUUACAGGUGAUUUGAAGUUACUAUCAAUUCUUGCCAGCGGCUUACCCACAUCAGAAGAAUCAGAGCAUGUUGUUGAUCUAGAGGCACUGAAGGCACCUCCCCUUUCACCAUUAAGGCCAUUAGAUCUUGUUAUUGGCGUUUUCUCCACAGCAAACAAUUUUAAACGAAGGAUGGCUGUGAGAAGAACAUGGAUGCAGUAUGAUGAUGUAAGAUUUGGAAGAGCUGCAGUACGCUUUUUUGUUGGCCUUCACAAAAGUCCUAUUGUUAACUUGGAACUAUGGAACGAGGCUCGGACUUACGGUGAUGUUCAGUUAAUGCCCUUUGUUGAUUACUACAGUCUCAUCAGCUGGAAAACACUAGCAAUCUGCAUCUUUGGGACAGAGGUUGACUCAGCUAAGUUUAUCAUGAAAACGGAUGAUGAUGCUUUUGUUCGUGUUGAUGAAGUAUUAUUUUCUUUAUCAUUGAUCAACAACACUCGCGGGUUGAUAUACGGACUGAUCAAUUCUGACUCUCAACCAAUCCGAAACCCUGAUAGCAAAUGGUACAUCAGUUAUGAGGAAUGGCCAGAAGAGAAGUACCCACCAUGGGCGCAUGGUCCAGGCUACAUUGUGUCCCGAGAUAUAGCAGAAUCUGUGAGCAAGCUUUUCAAAGAAGGAAAUCUAAAGAUGUUCAAGCUAGAAGAUGUGGCGAUGGGUAUAUGGAUUGCUGACCUAAGGAAGCAUGGACUCGAGCCUCACUACGAGAAUGAUGGAAGGAUCAUUAGUGAUGGAUGCAAAGACGGUUAUGUGGUUGCUCAUUACCAAAGCCCUGCUGAAAUGACUUGCCUUUGGCGUAAAUACCAAGAAACCAAACGGUCUAUUUGCUGCCGCGGUUGGUAAAACUCAACUACUUAAACGCACAUUUUCACGUCUGCGUCCACAGGUACAUAAAGAGAAUGUGGUUUGGUCUGUUAAUUCUUUGUUGUAAAACAUCUGAUUUGGUUUGUUAGUACAAAGUAGAUUAAAAGAUACGUAGCUUAGUUUUAGUUGUAUAUCCUUUUAUUAGACUGGUGGUGUGGAGUCAUAGGAGCAUAUUACACUGUAUAUUUUCACAGCACUUUCAUAUAAAUCAAUUGUUAUUAUUGCUUAGUA